AACGUCGACUACACGAUGUCUUUCUAUUAUUCGCUCGCGUCGUGUUUUGUCACGUUUAUCACAGAGUUUGAUGCUGCUGACGACCUGGCUUUAUAGGCACACACGUGGAUGUAUAUAACUGUAUGCGUGCGUUUAUGUGCGUGCACGUAAACGUUGAGCUGGACAAACACGUCUGUGCAUCUCAGGAGAGUGGCAUUUAAAUUAUUACAGUAGUCGUGCUGGAUCUGUGAAGAAAGAAGGCGGAAACAUGUCAGACACUAUUGACCAAGUCUGUCAAAAAAUGGCAAACCUUCAGCUCAAGGGGCUGACGGCAGAGGACGAGUUCCCAGAUCUCAGUCAACACAACAACCACAUGGCCAAGUUCUUAAACAUGGACAUGUACAAAACCCUGAGGGAUCGGACCACCCCCAAUGGCUUCACUGUAGACGGUGUCAUCCAGACAGGCGUGGAUAAUCCAGGUCACCCCUUCAUCAUGACUGUGGGCUGUGUGGCUGGAGAUGAGGAGUCAUAUGAAGUCUUCAAAGAGCUGCUUGACCUCGUCAUUGAGGACAGACAUGGAGGAUACAAACCAACAGACAUGCAUAAAACUGACCUCAAUCCAGACAAUCUCAUGGGGGGCGAUGAUCUGGACCCGGAAUACGUUUUGAGCUCCAGAGUCCGAACAGGCCGCAGUGUCCGUGGCUUCUGCCUGCCGCCACUCUGCAGACGAGGAGAGAGACGUGCUGUGGAGAAGCUCUCUGUUGAAGUCCUGGGUUCACUAACUGGAGACCUGCAGGGGAAGUACUAUUCCUUGAGAGACUUGUCAGAAGCUGAGCAGCAGCAGAUGAUUGACGACCACUUGCUGUUCGACAAGCCCGUGUCCCCUCUGCUGCUGGCCUCAAGAAUGGCCCGUGACUGGCCUGACGCCAGAGGCAUCUGGCAUAAUGAGAACAAGACGUUUUUGGUAUGGGUGAAUGAAGAGGACCAUCUGCGAGUGAUCUCAAUGCAGAAGGGCGGUAACUUGAAGGAAGUGUUUACCCGCUUCUGCACCGGACUCACAGAGAUUGAGUCUUUGUUCAAGAACAAAGGUUUUUCUUUCAUGUGGAAUGAGCACCUUGGCUACAUCCUGACUUGCCCAUCCAACCUGGGCACUGGUCUACGUGCUGGUGUGCAUGUGAAGCUCCCAAACAUGAGCAAGGACUCUAACUUUGAAGAGGUUCUCAAAAGACUCAGGCUGCAGAAACGUGGAACUGGUGGUGUGGACACUGAUGCCGUGGAUGGCGUCUUCGACAUCUCAAAUGCCGACAGACUCGGCUUCUCUGAGGUGGAGCUGGUGCAGAUGGUUGUAGAUGGUGUCAAGCUGCUAGUGGAGAUGGAAAAGAAACUUGAGGCAGGGGAGUCCAUCGAGGAACUAAUGCCCACCCAGAAGUAGAACCAUCUUGUCCCACCCUCCCUUAGAAUCAAGAUGACUUGUCCUACCAGGGAUUGGAUGUUAUGAAAUGUCUUUGAAAAUGAAAUAAACUCUUGUAGUUGUGUGCUUUA